UUUUUCCCUUUGGACAAUAUGUGAGUGUGUGAGGUUUAGUUUCGCAUACUACCUAGAUACCCCAGCUCACCUUCUCCACCAAUCCACAUUCCAGUUUUUCAAAAGCUGUUCUGUUCCCUGCCACUGCUAGCCCAUUUCCACUGAUUGAUAACAGGUGAAAAUGGCGCAGAUUUUAGCUCCUUCUGCCCAAUGGCAGAUGAGGAUGACAAAGAACUUGACAGAGGCUACUCCAAUGGCUUCAAAGAUGUGGGGUUCUGUUGUAAUGAAACCCAACAAAAGGGUGGCAGUAAAAAGCACUGCUAAGUUUAGAGUGUUUGCUCUCCAGUCUGGGAACAGCACGGUGAACCGGAUUGAACAGCUACUAAAUUUAGAUAUCACCCCAUAUACCGAUAAGAUCAUUGCUGAAUACAUUUGGAUUGGUGGAUCUGGAAUUGACACGCGUAGUAAGUCAAGGACAAUUUCAAAGCCAGUUCAACAUCCUUCUGAGCUUCCAAAGUGGAACUAUGAUGGAUCAAGUACUGGACAAGCACCUGGAGAAGAUAGUGAAGUUAUUCUAUACCCUCAGGCUAUUUUUAAGGAUCCUUUUCGUGGCGGUAACAACAUCUUGGUCAUCUGUGAUACAUACACACCGGCUGGUGAGCCCAUUCCAACAAACAAACGCCACAGAGCUGCUCAGAUUUUUAGUGACUCAAAAGUUGUCUCAGAAGUGCCUUGGUAUGGCAUAGAACAAGAGUACACCUUACUUCAGCAAAAUGUGAAAUGGCCCUUAGGUUGGCCUGUUGGAGGCUACCCCGGUCCUCAGGGCCCUUAUUAUUGUGGUGCUGGAGCGGAUAAGUCAUUUGGACGUGAUAUAUCAGACGCUCACUACAAGGCCUGCCUAUAUGCUGGAAUUAACAUCAGUGGUACCAAUGGGGAGGUUAUGCCUGGCCAGUGGGAAUUCCAAGUAGGUCCUAGUGUGGGAAUUGAGGCUGGAGACCAUAUCUGGUGUGCUAGAUACAUUCUUGAGAGAAUUACUGAGCAAGCUGGAGUUGUUCUCUCACUUGAUCCAAAGCCAAUUGAGGGCGACUGGAAUGGUGCAGGAUGCCACACCAAUUACAGUACAAAGAGUAUGCGAGAGGAGGGGGGUUUUGAGGUGAUCAAGAAAGCAAUUUUGAACCUCUCUCUUCGUCAUAAGGAACACAUAAGUGCCUAUGGAGAAGGAAAUGAGAGGAGGCUGACUGGAAAGCAUGAAACUGCAAGUAUUAACACAUUUUCUUGGGGAGUAGCUAAUCGUGGUUGUUCAAUUCGUGUGGGCCGUGAUACAGAGAAGAAUGGCAAAGGUUAUUUGGAGGAUCGGCGCCCUGCUUCAAACAUGGAUCCAUAUGUGGUGACUGCAUUACUUGCUGAAACUACCUUACUGUGGGAACCCACGCUUGAGGCCGAAGCUCUUGCUGCCCAGAAGGUGUCAUUGAAGGUUUGAAACAUCAUAUUUGAAGUGAAUAAUGAAACAUUUGCACUAUUUUCUUGGAUCCCUUUCUGUGACUAAGGAACCUUAAAAGCAGGCACCAUGCUUCAGUGCAGAAAAGGGUUCCUAAGCUUGUAACAUGAAUAUUUUUUAUGGUUUGAACAUUAUCUCUUGCUGUCAGUGGUUACUGACUGCAUCCUUGGAAGUUGGCAAUUAUUAAUGAUGCUUUUGGUUUCAAGAUAA